AUGAUGAAUGUUGUUAAUUUUGUCGAGAUACCUACGAAUAGUUUAGAUUUCGAUGCUGCUGAGAUAGAAGACAAGGUGUCCUACAGGCAUUUAAGGCGACCCGAUGAUGACGGUCAGCCACCAUGUAUGAGGGUACAGCCCUCUAGUAGGGACAUCAUCAAGCGCUUUUACGCAAUUUUACCAUAUUUCGACCGUGACCACGCAAACACAGCCUUCUUGCACAAGUAUCGCGCCACUGUCCACGGUCUGGCCGACACUGAACACCUCCUGGACCGCGAGGCUGCUUACCACGCGGCCGUGCUGACGCCGCUGGUCUUCCUGCAGCAGUAUAAGGACACUUGGUGUCUGUUGGAGCGGUUUCACCGAGCCUUGCGUCUGUACCAAAUAUCGCAUCCCACUGAGAAGAGGUCGGCUUUGAAGUUACUACAAAAUUUUCGAGCUGUUAAUAAUAAGGUACGUAUAUUCGUGUCAGAGCUCCCCGGACCCGCGGCGGCGACCCGCGCCCCUCCCCCUCCCGAAGAAGACAACGAGAUACACGACAAAAAGGAGUUCAGAUAUCUGACGGAGCUUAUUAAAAAUCUUGGCUGAAAAUGUGUUUAAGUUUUUGUAAAUUCACCGAUUUUUGGGUAGAGGAUAUUUCGAAAUUAAUCGUUGCA